GCUCCUGCUAAGAGAGAUUCAACUCAAAGUACCAUCAAAGAAGACAAAGUCCAUCUGUUGAAGUAUAAUAUAGGAGAUCUAGUGUGGUCAAAAGUGUCUGGGUUUCCAUGGUGGCCGUGCAUGGUUUCUGCUGAUCCUGUUCUCCAUUCCUACACUAAACUAAAAGGACAGAAAAAGAGUUUUCGUCAAUAUCAUGUUCAGUUUUUUGGAGAUGCCCCAGAGCGAGCCUGGAUAUUUGAGAAGAGCCUUGUGCCCUUCAAAGAAAAAGACCAGUUUGAACAAUUAUGCCAGGAAAGUGCAAAACAAGCCCUGACUAAAGCAGAGAAAAUAAAGAUGUUAAAGCCUGUUUCAGGGAAGCUGCGGCCACAGUGGGAGAUGGGUGUUAAGCAAGCCAGUGAAGCAGUAGGCAUGACAGUGGAAGAACGGAAGGCCAAGUACACCUUCAUCUAUGUUAGGGACAGACCUCAUCUUAAUCCUCGAGUGGCAAAGGAAGUUGGCAUUGCUGUGGAACCAUUCGAGGAGAUGGAUGAGUCAUCUUACUCAAAUGAAGAAACCACUCAAAAUCUGAAAUCGAUGAAGGAGUCUGGCAUUCCUAACAAGAGGAGGAGAAGGACAUCAAAAUUGUCUGCCACUGAUGAUAUGCAAGAAAGCAGUCAGUCGGGGUCUAAGACUACUACUCCUCAAAAGUCAUCUGAACAGGCAGAAUCCAAAAGAGGGAUAGGCUCCCCUCUGAAUAGAAAGAAAACUCCAGCAUCUACUCCGCGGAGCAGAAAGGGCGAUGCAGUAUCUCAGUUUUUGGUCUUUUGUCAGAAGCACAGAGAUGAGGUGGUUGCUGAACAUCCAGAUGCUUCAAGUGAGGAGAUUGAAGAAUUGCUCGAAUCGCAGUGGAACAUGCUUAGUGAAAAACAGAAAGCUCGCUAUAACACAAAGUUUGCCAUAGUGACCUCUCCCAAAUCUGAAGAAGACUCUGGUUCAUCAUUGAAGAAUAUUGGAGAGGCCAAACGUAAAGUGUUUCAAGACUCACCUAAAAGGAGAUCAAGAUCCAGAAGUAACUUACAUGGAAAUAAAAGAAACCAAAAAAAGAGGACAAAGGAACCUACAGAAGAUUUUGAAGUUCAGGAAGCACCUAGGAAAAGACUCAGGAUGGAUAAACAGAAUAAUCGGAAGAGGGAGACAAGCAAUGACAAAACAGCAAAAACAAACUCUUCUAAGGUCACAGAAACCUCCUCUUCACAAAAGAACCAGUCAGCAACGAAAAAUCUGUCUGAUGCAUGUAAACCUCUGAAGAAGCGAAAUCGGGCUUCAGCAGCAGAAUCUUCAACUCUUGCUUUUAGCAAGAGUUCAUCUCCUUCAGCUUCCUUAACUGAGAAUGAGAUCUCCGAUGGCCAAGGAGAUGAGCGGUCAGAGUCUCCCUAUGAAAGUGCUGAUGAAACUCAGACUGAAGUGUCUAUAUCAUCCAAAAAAUCUGAGCGAGGAGCAGGAACAAAAAAAGAAUAUGUGUGUCAGCUGUGUGAAAAAACAGGUGAUCUCCUACUGUGUGAAGGACUUUGCUAUCGAGCUUUUCAUGUAAGCUGCCUUGGGCUCUCUGGAAGACCAGCAGGAAAAUUCAUUUGUAGUGAAUGUACAUCAGGUGUGCAUACCUGUUUUGUGUGUAAAGAGAGAAAGGCAGAUGUAAAACGCUGUGUCGUAUCCCACUGUGGAAAAUUCUACCAUGAAGCUUGUGUGAAAAAAUUUCAUCUUACUGUGUUUGAGAACAGGGGGUUUCGAUGUCCUCUCCACAGCUGCCUAAGUUGUCAUGUUAGUAACCCCUCACAUCCACGAAUUUCAAAAGGAAAGAUGAUGCGUUGUGUUCGCUGUCCUGUUGCAUACCAUGCUGGAGACGUUUGCAUUGCUGCGGGAUGUGCAGUCAUCGCUUCCAACAGCAUUGUUUGUACGAAUCAUUUCACUGCCAUGAAAGGAAAGAGUCAUCAUGCACAUGUCAAUGUGAGCUGGUGCUUUGUAUGUUCAAAAGGAGGAAGCUUGUUGUGCUGCGAGUCAUGUCCUGCAGCGUUUCACCCAGACUGUUUAAACAUUGAAAUGCCAGAUGGGAGCUGGUACUGCAAUGACUGUAGAGCGGGGAAGAAGCUCCAUUUCCAGGAUAUUAUUUGGGUUAAACUGGGAAAUUACAGGUGGUGGCCUGCAGAAGUUUGCCAUCCGAAAAACGUUCCCCCAAAUAUCCAGAAAAUGAAGCAUGAAAUUGGAGAAUUUCCUGUGUUUUUCUUUGGUUCUAAGGAUUACUAUUGGACACACCAAGCACGAGUGUUCCCGUAUAUGGAGGGAGACAGAGGGAGUAGAUACCAGGGGAUCAAAGGAAUUGGAAAAGUCUUCAAAAAUGCUUUGCAAGAAGCUGAAGCUCGAUUUCGAGAAAUAAAGCUACAGCGAGAAGCCAAAGAAACCCAAGAAAGUGAACGUAAACCUCCACCAUACAAGCAUAUUAAGGUGAAUAAACCUUGUGGUAAAGUGCAGAUAUAUACUGCUGACAUUUCUGAGAUUCCCAAGUGCAACUGCAAACCCACAGAUGAAAACCCGUGUGGCUUUGAUUCUGAGUGCCUAAAUCGGAUGCUGAUGUACGAAUGCCAUCCACAAGUUUGUCCAGCGGGAGAACGGUGCCAAAACCAGUGCUUUACAAAACGUCAAUACCCUGAGACAAAGAUCAUCAAAACCGAUGGGAAAGGGUGGGGCCUGGUCGCUAAGAGGGACAUUAAAAAGGGAGAGUUUGUGAAUGAGUAUGUUGGUGAGCUGAUUGAUGAAGAGGAGUGUAUGGCAAGAAUCAAAUACGCACAUGAAAAUGACAUUACCCACUUCUAUAUGCUUACUAUUGAUAAGGACCGUAUUAUUGAUGCUGGCCCCAAAGGAAACUACUCUCGUUUUAUGAAUCACAGCUGCCAACCAAAUUGUGAAACUCUAAAAUGGACAGUAAAUGGAGACACUCGUGUCGGCCUGUUUGCUGUGUGUGAUAUUCCUGCAGGGACAGAGCUGACUUUUAAUUACAACCUUGACUGUCUGGGCAAUGAAAAAACAGUCUGCAAAUGUGGUGCCCCAAACUGCAGUGGAUUUCUUGGGGACAGACCAAAGAAUUCCUCCACUAAUGCCUCAGAAGAAAAAGGCAAAAAGACCAAAAAGAGAACACGGAGACGCAGAACGAAAAAUGAAGGGAAGAAAGAAUCUGAAGACGAUUGUUUCCGUUGUGGUGAUGGAGGCCAGCUGGUAUUGUGCGACAGGAAAUCUUGUACUAAAGCUUAUCAUCUCUCCUGUCUUGGUUUGGUGAAGCGUCCCUUUGGAAAGUGGGAGUGUCCUUGGCACCAUUGUGAUGUUUGUGGCAAACCUUCUGUUUCUUUCUGCCACUUCUGCCCAAAUUCUUUCUGCAAGGAACACCAAGAUGGGACAGUACUAAAUUCUAUGUUGAAUGGACAGUUAUGCUGCUCUGAACACGUUCUCGGGGUGGAUUCUGUUGAAACUCAGAAGACUGAGAAACCCCGCAAAAAACUGAACAAGUUGAAGCCUAAGAGAAAGCAGAGGAACAGAUGGAUGAGAGCUGAAUGCAAAUAGUCAUGGACUGCAGUUUCUACUGCCAACACUAUCUUGUAGAUAAGUUGUGAAUAUGACCAGGGAAGGACACAAUUUUACAUAUAUUCUGUAAAGGUUACAUGGGGGGG